AUGGCGUUUUCAGUUAAUGUGGACUCCAAUGCUUCCAACCAGCCAUGGAUACCUGCCCCUCUUAGAGACCUGUCUUUGGUCUCUAAGGCUGCUAAUGAGUCAGUCCACUGCAUUCAGCUACAGGGUCACCAUGCCACGCUACCGCGGGACUACACGCCACCGCGGGUGGGGCGCAGGAGCGGGCGCGGGGCGGGGCACUGCGGGCGAGCAGGCGCUGGGGCUCGAGGAAGUCCCGGCCCCUCUCUUUGGGGAAGUACCGCGGAGGCGCCUGCGCACUGCGCCUGCGCCCCCUCCCCGGCUACCAGAAGGACUUCGGAGCGCGCGGGCGGUGUGACUUGGGGACUCGGCGAAACUCAACUCCAGGGAAGUACAGCUCAAGUUACUUCUGUGUCCUGGUUUGCAUGCUGGGAGACUUGGGAACCCACCAUCUCAGGAAUCGAGUCUGAUGAUCCACCAGACUCCCAGGCUGCAGUGACGGUCCAGAGCUGGCACCACAGAACCUGGGCAACCCCCUCCACCCACCCAUGCCCACCCCACAUGAGGCUGAGAAACAGCACACAGGACCAGAGGAGGCGGACAGGCCCCCCUCGAUGUCCAGCCAUGAUGCAGCUCCCUCAGGACCCCCCAGUCGCAAUCCCUGCUGCUUAUGCUGGUGCUGCUGCUGCAGCUGCUCCUGGUAUGUGGACCUUGAGGGUGCAGCUUGCACUGGGAAGACCCCAUGGCAUUUGGGCAGGGGUACAUGGUUAAUGAAGCACCAAACAGGUAUGUGGGCCUGGGGAGCAGCUCAUAGGAGAGGUACAGAAACACAGGGCUGGAAUGGGGUGGCUUUUAGGGCUCAGACCCAGUCCUUCUUAGGCCCUUCAGAGUCUUCCAAGAAACUACUUGUAGGCAGGUGCCCCUGCCACAGCAUUACCCUGUCCAGAGUUUGCUGGGCCUUGUUGGCUGGUAGUAGUGCCCAGAUCCUCUAAGGGGCUUUAUAUGGCUCUUAAAUUUUAUGUGUGUGAGUGUUUUGCCUGAAUAUGUCUGUGUGCC